AUGAUAGCAGAGCAUGCUUUUCAUCUAACCCUCUUGUUACUCAGUCUGGCAUGCGCUGGCGCUGCCACCGACGACGACAACCUCUGGAUCUUUCCGACAGAGCCCGGCCCCUCGAACAACUUCGUAGCCAACCAAGUCUGGAGUCUCGGUUCGACGCAAUCUAUCGAAUGGACCACCACCCUCCAAGACUACUACAUCGCGCUGUUCCAGCAACAGAUCGAUCCCGCUUCCGGCAUACAGAUCGAAACAAUCUACAGAGCCGGCAGUGACAGCAAGGGCGACAAGUCGUUCCAAUGGAAAGUCCAGACCUACGACGCAGACGCGGCCAGCUCGCCCGUUUACUUCUUCUGGAUCAACCCGGGCAGCGCGGCGGGCUUCACAUCGCACUACUUCAACAUCACCGACGACGGCGACGACAACGACAGCAAUACUGCAAGCGUCGUGGUCGCGCAAACAGCCACUCCGUCCACGACCUCCCAGCCCUCCUCCACCACACCGACCAGCAGCACAGCAGCCACGUCAACGAGCAACGCCGCGGCGGCUGGAACAACCAGCACCAUCAUCACCCCAUCCCCCACACUCACCGCCUCAAACCCCACCACAUCCAGCUCCUCCUCCUCUUCCCCCUCCUCCUCCUCCUCCUCCCCCUCUUCCUCAUCCCCCUCAACCUCCUCCACCGCCUCCCCCUCCCCCUCCACAACAACCAUCAUCCGCAUCGCCCUCGGCGUCAGCCUCGGCCUCGGCAUACCCCUCGUCCUCUUCCUGGGCAUCUGGAUCGGCCUGAAAGCCGUGAGGCAGCGGCGAGCAGCAUCACGAAACGGCAGUCAGGACGGCAACUAUCUGAGAGGAGAGGGAGACGGAGGCGGAGGCGGAGGCGGAGGCGGAGGAGGUGGAGGAGGAGGAGGCUGGCCGAUGGCGGCGUUUCUCGAGUUGGGGAGGGGUCAGGGUCAGGACCAGGAUCAGAAGGACACGGGUGCCGCCGUCGCCGAGGCGCCUGGGUGCUGGUCGCCGCAUGAGGUGCCGGGAGACGCACCGCUGCCGCCUGUUGAGCUGGACUCGGGUGGAGACGGGGGAGGCGGGAGGGGCUGGUUGCGAUGA